AUGGACCUGAAGCAAUACAUUCGGGAUGUGCCGGACUUCCCGAUUCCUGGAGUGUUAUUCAAGGACAUCACCCCUCUGUUAAGCAACCCGGCGGCGUUUUGCCAAGUUAUCGACCAUUUGACCCGGAAGUACGAACAAUCCUCUCUCGACUCGAUAGUGGCCAUUGACGCUCGGGGGUUCCUUUUCGCCGCUCCCGUGGCUUACAGGCUGGGCAAGCCCCUUGUUCCGGCCCGCAAGCCGGGCAAGCUCCCUUGGGAGACUCGCUCGUUCGAGUAUUCCCUGGAGUAUGGGGAAGCGGCUAUCGAAAUGCACGUCGAUGGUGUGGGGCAAGGUGAUAAAGUGCUGCUGCUGGAUGACCUGUUGGCUACCGGCGGCACUUUGGCGGCGGCAACCCGAUUGGUGGAGAGCAUCGGCGGAGAGGUGGCUGGCGUCGCGGUAGUUAUAGAGUUGACCGAACUGGACGGUCGAAAAGGACUGGAAGGGUACGACGUCUAUUCGAUAGUCCAGUAUUGA